GCAGGGGAGGGGCUUCCCGCUGGCGUGGGCGGGCAGUGACUGGCGCAGGCUUCCCGCUCCCCGGCUCCGCUGGUGGCUCUGGCGGCGGGAUGGCUUAAGCUGAGGCGCGGCCGGCCAUGGGCGCGCGGCGGGAGGACGGGGUGAGCGGGCUGUGCCAGAAAGCACUGCGCAUCGUGUCGGAGCUGUGCUUCGCGGGCCAGGUGGAGUGGGACCAGUGUUCCGGCAUCUUCCCGCCCGACCGCGGCGCCCAGGGCGGCACCGGCUCCGACGUGUCGGUCAGCCUGCUGGCAGUGGUGGUCAGCUUCUGUGGCCUGGCGCUGCUGGCUGUGUCACUGUUCGUUCUCUGGAAGCUGUGCCGGCCCUGCUGGAGGAGCAAGCCGUUAGCCCCCGGUGAUGGCGGUGCGCCCCCGCCUGGCUGCAGUCCCCCCGAGGGGCCUGAGGCUGAGGAGAAGGAGGCAGCGAGGGAGCCCGAGCGGCCCAAGGCCCCCGAGCCUGCCAUCAAGAUCAGCCACACGUCGCCUGACAUCCCGGCCGCGGUGCAGACGGCCCUCCGUGAGCACCUGGCCCGCCAUGCCCGUGUGCAGAGGCAGACCACUGAGCCUACUGCCUCCUCGCGCCACAACUCUUUCCGGAGGCACCUGCCACGGCAGAUGCAGGUGUGCAGUGUGGACCUGGGAGGGGGCGUGGAGCCCACCCCGCAGCAUGGGGAGACCAGCACCAGUAUCGGCCGGAUCAAGCCUGAGCUCUACAAGCAGAAGUCGGUGGACUCACAGGGCAGCCGGCCAGAGGACGUGCAGACAUGCGGGAAGCUUAACUUCACACUGCGGUAUGACUACGAGCGGGAGCUGCUGGUGGUGAGGAUGAUCCAGGCCGUGGACCUGCCAGCCAAGGACUUCACGGGCACGUCUGACCCUUACGUGAAGCUGUACCUGCUGCCCGACAGGAAGAAAAAGUUCCAGACGCGUGUGCACCGCAAGACGUUCAACCCGCAGUUCCAGGAGACCUUUCACUUCCCUGUGGCCUACGGCCAGCUCAGCAGCCGCAAGCUGCACUUCAGCAUCUAUGACUUUGACCGGUUCUCCCGGCAUGACAUGAUUGGAGAGGUCAUCCUCGACAACCUGUUCGAGGUCUCUGACCUCUCCCGUGAAGCCACAGUCUGGAAGGACAUCCACUGUGCCACCACGGAGAGCAUCGACCUGGGGGAGAUCAUGUUCUCCCUCUGCUACCUGCCCACAGCCGGACGCAUGACACUGACCGUCAUCAAGUGCAGGAACCUCAAGGCCAUGGACGUCACAGGAGCCUCAGACCCCUAUGUCAAGGUGUCCCUGAUGUGUGAGGGGCGGCGGCUGAAGAAGAGAAAGACCACGACCAAGAGGAACACCCUCAACCCUGUGUACAACGAGGCCAUCAUCUUCGACAUCCCCCCUGAGAACGUGGACCAGGUCAGCCUGUCCAUCGCCGUUAUGGACUAUGACAGAGUUGGCCACAACGAGGUCAUCGGUGUGUGCAGGACGGGGCUGGAUGCGCAGGGCCUGGGGAGGGACCACUGGAACGAGAUGCUAGCCUACCACCGCAAGCCCAUCACACACUGGCAUCCCCUGCAGGAGCUCCCAGGCCGGGCCACCAGCUUUGACAGUCAAGGAUCCUGCCCAUCCCCCAAGCAGCCCUCCACGCCCUGAUGCCUCCAGUGUCUUGGUACUGGGCUGAAACCCGGCAACCCGCCAUGGCAGGAGGCAGGUGCCAUCUGCCUGCGCGGAGCGGAGCCUGGGGAUCCACAGCCGUCUUGCGCACAUGCUCUUUUCCUCUGUCUUGUCUGCUUGUUAGUUUUAGACAUGUUGACACUCUUUUACUUGAACACUAAUUGCCCUGACAUCAGGCAGUUCAGAGUUUGUGUGUUCCGUGCCCAGCAAUUAGCACGUGUUCUAGUGAAUCGUCAGUCUUUGCCUGAGCAGAGAAGUGCUUUAUCAGAGUCCGCACUUAGCGAAGUUAAAUAUAAUCCAUGCUGCUGCUGUACAAAGUAGCACAGCUGGCGCUGAUCUUGUGAACACCCGGUCCACAGCUGGCUCUCUGGGGACUUUAGUGGUGAUUUCAGCUGGCCUCACACUGCACCCUGUGCGUUCAGUCACGGUCAGAAUUGGAAAAUGUCCUCUCUCGCUCUCAGUCAGUUCUUGGCUUGCCUGACGCUUGGCUCUGCCAAACACAAGGCUUUGUCUCUUGAGCCUGUCCCUUAAGCACAGAGCCAGGGUGCAGUCUUAAGAGUCACCUGGACUGCACCCUGGUGGGCGGCGUGAGGUAGCCAGGAGGCGGGGCUGUGCCAUGCCAUAUCCAUGAGGGGGUCUUCAGUUGCCCUGGGACUGGUAUGGGUUCUAAGCAUCUUUUUAAAAAAAUAUUUAUUUAUUUCCUUUUGUUUCCCUUGUUGUUGUUUUUUUUUUAACUAAGUUGAACCCCAGAAGGGAAUCCAACUUCUUUUUUUUUAUUAUCUUUAUUUAUUUAUUGAAUAGAGACAGUCAGAAAUUGAGAAAGGAGAGAUAGAGAGGGUGAGAGACAGAGAGACACCUGCAGUACUGCUUCACCACUUGUGAACCUUUCCCCCUGCAGGUGGGGACCGGGGGCUCGGCUCGAACCUAGGUCUCUGCACAUGGUAACGUGUGCGCUCAGCCAGGUGCGCCACCACCUGGCCCCUCCCUUUUUGUUUUAUUGUUGUAGUUAUUGUUGUUAUCGUUGUUGGAUAGGACAGAGAGAAAUGGAGAGAGGAGGGGAAGACAGAGAGGGGGAGAGAAAGAUAAGACACCUGCAGGCCUGCUUCACUGCUUGCGAAAUGACUCCCCUGCAGAUGGGGAGCCAGGGGCUUGAACCGGGAUCCUUACACUGGUCCUUGCACUUUGCGCCACCUGUGCUUAGCCCACUGCGCUACUGCCCGACUCCUGAGUUCUAAGCAUCUUCAUCUCCAGUGUAGCACUAGUCUUGCUUAGUGACUAGAACCAGAGGCCAUUCCUUUUGUUUUGCCUGUGUCCCUGAGCUUCUCAAAUCCCCUGGGGCCUGUGCUCGUGUGAUCUGAAGCUGUUGUGUAGACCCUGUGUUCCCCAGAACGAGAAGAGCUGCCGGUGACCAGGACAUCAGGAAGCCAGCCCAACUGAUUUCUAGACACUUAAAAGAUAGACGUCUCAAAACCCCUGACAUUUUGCUUGCUGCCACGCCUGAGAGGGGUGGCAUCACUGCAGGUGCGGACACGGCUCACACAUGACCAUUUUUCUGUUUCUUCCCUUCUUCCCAGAACAGCACUCAGCUCUAGCUGUCAGGGCCACCAGGGUUGAGCCAAGGGUCCUUCACUUGCACAAUCCUUUUUUUUUUUUUUUAAGAGAUGCUCCAACCAUCACAGUAAGAGCAGGUAGCCCUAGCUAACAUCUUUAAUACUGGGCUGUCAGGAAAGUCACGGCACACUUUUUGUGUCUAACAACAUUAAAAAAAAAAGUCAUAUAUUUUC